CCCCAACAACACAACCCCCCACGAUGGCGCCCAAGAAACCCCAGCCGCCUGCCCUCCCCACAUUCUCCAUCACCACCCUCGCCCCCCUCUUCCCCGUCCACUAUCUCAUCUUCCGCGAACUCCUCCACCUCGCGCCCACGAAGUACAUGCUCCUCUCCAAAGCGCACAACUCCCACGCAGUCGACCUCUUCUCCCGCCCCCUGCUCAUCGACAGAGCCCUCGAAGAGCGCUUCUACCAGACGACCCACAAAGCCCAGUGCCUGGCAUUCUUGCUGCCGUUGCACUAUGCCCGGUCUAUCCGGUUUGACGACCUGCGGACGUGGGUCGGCUUUUCCCUCGAUUUCGGGCGGGUGUAUAUCGAGCAGAGGAGACGGCGGAUGCUGGGAGGCAACUUUGCCUCCCAGCACCACCCCAUUCGUCUGUUCCACCACGUCCGGAAGAUCGAGAUCUCCCUCUUACCCUAUGUCUCCAUCGCCUCCAUCACCGAAGAGCUCGCCCGGGAGAAAAAGUAUCCAAAAAAAGAUAAAGGGUAUACACUCGCGAUGGACCAGGAGAUUGGCAUGGAUUUCGAAGAACUCGUCAUUCACGUCGACCGGCCGUUCACGAGGAAUGAAAACCUGCGCUUGUAUAGCUUUGGGCAAUUCCUCUCGAACGAGGCUUUUACACGGCAAAAGAGGACCACUAUUUGCGUCCAUUUACCAGCAAAAGAUGGUCCUUCCCUAGCCGACCUCCGCUCGCGCCUGCCCCUCAUCCUGAGUCGCAAUAUUGAUUACCCAUAUAACAGAGUCGUCAUAUACCCCACCGAUCCCGCUGAACCUUUCCUUUUUGACGAAGCGACUGAGAUAGUCGCAAAGUACCUCGAGGGGCGCGUGCGUUUGCGGGGUGCGGGCUCGGGGUCCGAGACGACGUCUCGCAAGCGGCGCGUAGAGAUCCAUGUACCGCAGGCUACUGCUCUACGGGAUGCGGCGUUUAGGUGGCUUGAGAAGGAGUUGCCAGGGGAUAAGCAUGAUGUGGAUCAGAAGGAGAUGGAGAAGGUGUUCAAGUUUGUAGAGCUGGAUCCUGCCUUGACGGCGGGGGGAGGUCAUUUAAGGAUCUGUUGAAGCUGGACGCCAUAACGUCUGGAGUUUAGCUCUUUUGCCCCCUUUCAUAUCACCAUCUCAAUCGCUCCUGCCUCGAUCUCUCACCAACGGACAAUUGACCUGUAGCUAGCUGAGGGGCUUUGAUCUUGACUGGCCACGGCGUAGUAUGAAGCGGGCGGCGUUGAUGGCUGUAGAGGUGUAUCGGACAGAGGAGAUUAUCCUUGCAGUCAAGUGAAUCUUGUUUUCUGUUACGCCUCAUUGACGACUAUGCAUCGAUCCCCG